AGCUAAAUUCAGACUAUUAUCCUGUCCCGAAAACACAAUUAUACCAGUUUUUAAUGGUAAUUCUGAAACUUGGGAUCAAACGCUGUACGGUUGCUAAGUUGAUAGGCAGCAGCCAAUCAGAACUUCUGUUGUUGAAAAGGCACUGACGUCGAGCCCACUUGAACUACAAUCUAGAGAAAACAUGACAACAAACGGAAAAUAUGGGAGUUAGCAAUUUCUUGUUGAUCUCAUUGAUUCUUUGACUUGUUUUAUCGAAUGUUCAAGUAUUAAAACAAUUAGGUCGCGUCGAGCAAAAGAGAAACAGUCUGACGCCAUCUACAAGUAACCGGACUAGGAAGAACAUGAAGAGGGCCAGCUAGCCAAAUCAUUUUUAUGUGUGCAUUAAACGCAACACCCCUAGUCUCUUUAUAAAGCUUUAAUAUAGAGCUGUAGAUUGGUGAUCGGACAUCCCCGAAGUGUACAUGGUUUUUCUUUGGGUUUAUUAGGCUCAUUUUCAACAUGGCCGCAGCCAACACAACCAAAACAUCCUGGAGAUUACAGGAGAUUGUGGCCCACACCAGCAAUGUGUCUUCCCUGGCUCUUGGGAAGACCUCUGGCCGGCUGCUGGCCACUGGUGGGGAGGACUGCCUGGUCAACAUCUGGGCUGUCAGCAAACCCAACUGCGUCAUGAGCCUGACGGGGCACAGCACCCCGGUGGAGUACAUCCAGUUCAGCAGCACUGAGGAGCAGGUGGUCGCUGGAUCGCAGUCUGGAUCGCUGCGUGUCUGGGACCUGGAGGCUGCGAAAAUUCUGCGGACGCUGAUGGGUCACAAAGCAAACAUCUGCAGUCUGGACUUCCACCCGUUCGGCGAGUACCUGGCCUCGGGCUCCAUGGACACAAACAUCAAGCUUUGGGACGUGAGAAGAAAAGGCUGCGUGUUCACGUAUAAGGGACAUACGCAAGCGGUCCGCUGUCUGGACUUCAGCCCUGACGGGAAGUGGCUGGCUUCAGCCAGCGAUGACAGCACCAUAAAGCUCUGGGACCUGACCGCUGGGAAGAUGAUCACGGAGUUCACCGCUCACUCCAGCGCCGUCAACAUCAUCCAGUUUCACCCCAACGAGUACCUGCUGGCCUCGGGCAGUUCAGACCGGACCAUCAAGUUAUGGGACCUGGAGAAGUUCAAAAUGAUCGGCUCUUCAGAGGGACAGUCGGGGGCCGUCAGGUGCAUCUGCUUCAGUCCAGAUGGGGGGUGCCUGUACAGCGGGUCUCAGGACACGUUGCGGGUGUACGGCUGGGAGCCUGACCGCUGUUUCGAUGUGGUGGCAGUGGGCUGGGGCAGGGUGGCUGACCUGACCCUCUGCAACAACCAGCUGAUCGGAGCGUCGUAUAACCUGACCAACGUCUCGUCGUACGUGGUGGACCUGUCCCGGGUGCAGAAGUCUGGCUCGGUGAUCCAGGGGGUGAUCCAGGACGACAAGCCGCUCGCAGAGCCCGCGGCUAAAGGAUCCACGAUCCGCCGCAACUACGAUCGCCCGCUCACCACCUGCGCCAAUCAGAGGGUGAAGCAGAACUCGGAGGCGGACCGGCGCAGCCCCGAGGGGGAGAGGCGGAGCCCCAGCAGCGAGGACGAGCGCGACGAGAAGGAGUCCACCGCCGAAAUCCGCAACGCCGAGGACUACAAGGAGAUCUUCCAGCCCAAGAACGCCAUCUCUCGUACCCCCCCAAAGAAAAGUGAGCCUUACCCUGCUCCACUUGAGGAUGAGAGCUUUGUGGAGAAGCCCCACCCAGCGCUGGACAUGAUGACCCCCAUGCCCAACAGACAGGUGGUAGGUUCUGGGUUUUGUAUGCUGAAGCUGAAGGCCCCCCCCAUCGCCUCGUCCACGCCCCUGGUCCGGGCGGAGUCCACGGUGGUGACGGCGGCGGUCCCUCCCCUUCCUGUUGUUGCCCCGGUAACGCGGCCCCUUCCUGUUGUUGCCCCGGUAACGAGGCCCCUUCCUGUGGUUGCCCCGGUGACCCGGCCUCCGGUGGUGGCGCCCCCUGCUGCCCGGUCGCCGCCAGGGCCCGGCCCCUUCCAGGGCCGCCCCGAACCCGCCGUCAUCUUCUCCACCCGCAACGAGCCGAUCGGCCUCAACGUGGGAGACUUCCUCCCGCCCACCAGGAACAACAAGCCGGUGUCCCUGAGCGAUGAGGACGCCCUGUCCCAGAUCAGGAAAGGCCACGACACGAUGUGCGUCAUGCUGUCCAGCCGUCACAAGAACCUGGACACCGUCAGGACCGUGUGGCGGGGCGGGGAUGUCAAGACUUCUCUGGACUCUGCUGUGUCCAUCAACGACCCGUCCAUCGUGGUGGACAUCCUGAACAUCGUCAACCUGAAGCCGUCGCUAUGGAAACUGGACCUCUGCACGGCCAUUUUGCCGCAGAUCGAGGUGCUCCUGCAGAGCAAGUAUGAGAGCUACGUACAGACAGGCUGCACCUCCCUCAAGCUCAUCCUCAAGCGCUUCUGGCCCCUGAUCUCCGACACGCUCACAGCGCCCCCUUCUGUUGGGGUGGAUAUUACGCGGGAGGAAAGGCACCAGAAGUGUAAGAUGUGCUACAAGCAGCUGAAGAACCUGAGCAACAUGGUGAAGAACAAGGCGGGGCUGGUGGGUCGCCAUGGCAGCGCCUUCAGGGAGCUGCAGCUGCUCAUGGCUCCACUGGACGGCUGACUGCGCAGACGGCCUCUUCUGGGCCUUAACACGACUGCCGUCUGCGCACACUGCCUGUUCUGGGCCUUAACACGACUGCCGUCUGUGCAGACGGCCUGUUCUGGGAUUUACUGUGACUCCCGUCUGCGCAGACGAGUCCGUCACCCUGAGUCACCGCUGCCGUCUGCGCAGAUGAGUCUGUCACCCUGAGUCACCGCUGCCGUCUGCGCAGAUGAGUCUGUCACCCUGAGUCACCGCUGCCGUCUGCGCAGAUGAGUCUGUCACCCUGAGUCACCGCUGCCGUCUGCGCAGAUGAGUCUGUCACCCUGAGUCACCGCUGCCGUCUGCGCAGAUGAGUCUGUCACCCUGAGUCACCGCUGCCGUCUGUGCAGCCUGCUUCUCUACACUGGACGUACUCCUUGCCGUCUGUGCAGUCGGAGCCUGUCCCUUAAUCUCUUUCCCAUGUCCGCACAGCCUAGUCUUCAUCUCCUCUGAGACGCCGUCCGGACUGCUGACUGCGCAGACUCACCGCUCUAUUAUUCGGCUUGUUGAUUGGCUGGCUGAUGACAGGGUUCAGCGAAUGAGACGCAUCGGUGAUCUUGUGCAUCUUGGCGUCUGAAGAACACGAUCCGUAUCCCUAGUGCACACUCGUGACCUUUAGAACACUACUAUAGCGUUUUUCACACCAUGGUGUGGGCAAGGAGCAUUUACUCUUCUAGUUCAUUCCAUAAAAUAAAACUGACAAACGAUGCGCUUUCCUGAUCACCAUGGCGUCCUCACGUUAUUAAAAUAUAGCGCGUCUUUUUUCAACUCCCUUUCCAUUUUUAUACACUUUGAGGUGUUUGAGGUGCUUGCCCAAGACACACUUGAGUACUAUCACAAUCAUCCCAAGUUUUACAAAUAAAAAAAACUUGAGGAAAAAAUUAAUAAAUAAAUUGUUUUCUUGCCUGAAAGUACUUUAACAUGAUCUACUGACAAGUGAAAAUGUGCCUAGAACCAGUAGACUGUUAAAAUGCCUGAUGUUUAUUUUAUUGCUCAUGUAGUAUUCACACAUGACCACUGGAGUGCAGCUUGCAAUAAAACCUGAAACUGCUGCUUUGUA